UGCCUGCAGAGGGGAGAAUCCCAGUGCUUGUUUGUUCCCCUGCAAAGGCGUCUCUUGGCAGCGUGGAGGAGCCUGUAUCUUUAAAUGGAGCGUUGGGAGCUCGAAAUGGAACGUUGGGUUCGCGAGCGUUCUGCGGCGCGGUGACGAACGUUCGGAGGAGACUGGAAAGUCAGGAGCACCUGGCUGCGUCUCCCCUUUCCACCCGUCGUCAGCGCGGGCAUUAGUGCCCGGUUGUUCUUCUUCCUUGUCCAAAUCCCGACAGUUGCGGCGUCCCCGGAGCUGGAAGAAGCAAGCAGACGUAGAAGGUCGUUUGCAUAGUGGUUUUUGGUGAUGGCUUUAAAAUGCCUGCAGCAGCUUCCAAAGGGAGGGGAGCGCAUUAUUGAUGAGUUGGGAAUAUGCCUUCUUCCUGGGCAGGGCCCUGCGGGAAGGUUAAAGAACUCGUUCUUGACAACUGUAGGUCAAAUGAAGGCAAAAUUGAAGGACUCACAGAUGAGUUUGAAGAGCUGGAAUUCUUAAGUACAAUCAACGUAGGCCUAAGCUCAGUUGCAAACUUACCAAAGUUAAACAAACUUAAGAAGCUCGAACUAAGCGAUAACAGAAUCUCAGGAGGACUGGAAGUAUUGGCAGAAAAGUGUCCAAACCUCACACAUCUAAACCUAAGCGGCAACAAAAUAAAAGAUCUCAGUACAAUAGAACCUCUGAAAAAGUUAGAAAACUUGAAGAGUUUAGAUCUUUUCAAUUGCGAGGUAACCAACUUGAACGACUACAGAGAAAAUGUUUUCAAGCUCCUCCCACAGCUCACAUAUCUUGACGGUUAUGACCGGGAUGACAAAGAAGCCCCCGAUUCCGAUGCAGAGGGCUAUGUGGAGGGCCUCGAUGAUGAAGAGGAGGAUGAAGAUGAAGAGGAGUAUGAUGAAGAUGCUCAAGUAGUAGAAGAUGAAGAGGAUGAUGAGGAGGAGGAGGAAGGAGAAGAGGAGGAUGUGAGCGGGGAAGAGGAGGAAGAUGAAGAAGGUUAUAAUGAUGGUGAAGUAGAUGAUGAUGAUGAAGAAGAAGAAAUUGAAGAAAAGGGGCAGAAGAGAAAACGAGAACCCGAAGACGAGGGUGAUGAAGAUGAUUAAACUGAAUAACCUGUUUUGAAAGUUUCCUAUUGUGAUUUGACUGUUUUUACCCUGUAUUCUCCUCCCCCCCCAACUUAUUUUUUUUUUCUGAUUGUAAUGUUGCUGUGGGAAUGAGAGGGAAAAGUGUUUUGGGUGGGCGAGGGAAAAUACUAUUUUUACUGCCACUCCUACUUUUCAUUUU